UGUCAUGCGGGCCAGUCUACCUCCCUUGCUCCCUCCCUUUUUCCUUCGAAGCCCAGUAAAUGGAUAGCUUUUCAGCGAACUCGGGGGCGCGAUUCCUUGCUCUGUCAAGGAGGAUAACUUCCCCAUUGAAGUACCCCCGCGGCCGAAUGGGGAAGAGGGCAGUGAGAGGUUCACUCGUUUCUUUGCCUCCUUUGGGAGCCAAACCCUCCAGGAUUGUUUGUAUGGCCGCACCUUAUUUGCUCACGAAGUUGGAGUCUGCUGAAAGAACCUGGAAAGAUUUAUCAAGCAAGCUCGCUGAUCCUGAUAUUGUAUCUAAUCCUAGCGAGUAUCAAAAGCUCGCACAAUCUGUGGCAGAACUUGAUGAGGUCGUAGCUUACUACAAGAAGCUUAAGGAUUGUGAGAAACAACUAGCAGAAACAAUAGCUCUAGCAAAAGAGGAAACGAGUGACCCAGAUAUGGCAGAUAUGAUCGUUCAUGAAAUUGGAAUGCUAUCAAAUCAAGUCAAAGAGCUUGAAGAUAAGCUGAAGGUAUUAGUACUUCCUAGCGAUCCCCUUGAUUCACGCAAUAUUUUGCUGGAAGGUACUUGGUUCAAAGCCAUAGCUAUUGACGUGCGUAUGUAUCAAAAGUAUGGGGAGCGCAAUUCAUGGAAAUGCGCCACUAUUUCUAGCUCAGAGGCUGAGAAAGGUGGUUAUAAAACAUAUGUGAUGGAAGUUAAAGGAAACCACGUUUAUAGUAAAUUAAAGUAUGAAUCUGGUGUUCAUCGAGUGCAACGUGUGCCACAGACUGAAACACAAGGCCGUGUGCAUACUUCUACUGCAACUGUAGCAAUCAUGCCCGAGGCAGAUGAAAUAGACGUGUUUAUUGAUCCAAAGGACAUUACACUGACAACUGCUAGAUCUGGGGGCGCUGGAGGGCAAAAUGUCAACAAGGUGGAGACGGCUGUUGAUCUUUUCCACAAACCAACAGGGAUACGUAUCUUCUGUACAGAAGAAAGAACGCAGAUUCAGAAUAAAAGUCGCGCCCUUCAACUGCUUCGUGCAAAACUUUACGAGAUCAAAGUAAAAGAGCAACAGGCAUCAAUAAGAAACCAAAGGAAAUUACAGGUUGGUACAGGUGCUCGUUCAGAGAAAAUUAGAACAUACAAUUUCAAGGAUAACAGGGUAACUGACCAUCGCCUCAAGAUGAAUUUUGAGCUUACGUCUUUCCUUUCGGGUGAUAUUGAGACAGCUGUGCAGUCUUGUGCAGCAAUGGAUCAGAAAGAGAUCUUGGAGGAGCUAGCAGAUUCUGUCACUUCAACACCUGUAUGAUCCCCUCCAUGUUUCUUCAAAUAAUAUAUAUUUUAUAUUUAUAUGCAUGUAAAUGUAAAUGUUCUUAGUUAUUAAAAUUUUUCUGUUUAGCAUUUUGUAUUAUUUUAAUACUGUGUACUUGAUGUUCAGUAAUGCAUGUCUUCAUUUUGAUUUAUGGAUAUUAUUGAGCAAGUAAAAGAAGUUUAGGUCUUGUUUGGAA